ACUGAAUUUGGACAUCAAAUGUCUACUUGCAGAUGUUUUUGCAAAUGGGGAAAGAAAGAAGAAGCACGAGCAGAUAUGGAAAGAGAAAUUACUACGCUAACAAACUUGGAGAAGAGAGAAGUUAGACAGCAGUUUUUCAGCGUUGAAGAUUACAAAGCUUCUAAUCCUGUUCGCUGUCCCAUACAGAGCAUCCUAUAUUUGUUGAUGGUUACCUGUUAUCUUGGUGUAUCAUCCAAAUUUCGUGUUAGUUGUCACUCUUUCAAAAAAUUGCUUGUAACACCCUUCAGAGCUGCACGAACAAAGUGGAUAGGAAAUCUUUCAGAAGAACUCAGUAAAGAUAAAGCAGGUGUUAGUGAGCGGAAAACACAGGAGAGCAACGCUCACCAUUGUGAAAAAUCCACAGAUGUCGUUGCGUGCAGAAACCUGCUUGAUGAUCUUAUUAACGAUGAACCAGUGGGAAGACACACAUUUGGUGGGUUUCAUUUUACUGGUCAUCUUUGA